ACACUAAAGUUACCUUCAAAAAAUCUAGACCGUCUAAAAAAUCGUAAUGUCGAACAAACAACCCAUCUCCUCGACUAUAUAACAACACAAGGUGUGUGUUACUUGAAACACACAAAUAAAAACAAUUUCCAUCCCUCUCAAGAUUUCUUCGUGUAGAUUCUUGACAUUGUUCCACCAUGCGUCCACCAAUGAGGAGAGUGGAUUACAAAAUAGGAGAUAAAGUAGAAGUAUGCAGUAAAGAAGAGGGGUUUUUCGGUUCGUACUACAAAGCCAGAGUUGUUUCACGUCUCCAAAAUGGACAAUACAUGGUUCAAUACAAGAAUCUUUUGCUUGAGGACAAGUCUGGACCUCUUGUAGAGACCAUUUAUCCAUAUGAGCUACGUCCAACACCACCACGUGUUCGUAAUCCUCAUGAAUUUCAACUCAAUCAGAAAGUUGAUGCUUUCCAUAAUGAUGGUUGGUGGGUAGGGCAAAUCACCAGUGAGAAGAUCAUCACUGCUGAAGAGGGCCAUUGCUAUUGGGUGUAUUUCAGCACUAGCUCAGAGACGAAUUACUACCGCUAUGAUCAGAUCAGAGUUCAUCAUGAGUGGUUUGGUGGAGAGUGGAUCUUGGAUGCAUAAUUGUCAUAAUUCAUGAUUAUAAACAUUGGUCUUGUUUUAUGUAUUUUGAAUUGGUUAUUGGCAAUAAACUUCAGUCUCUUAAUUUUUUAGGUA